AUGAGCAGUCGAUUGCGGAAGACCAACAUUGAUUGCUGUGUCGAUCCGAAACGUGUGCGGUUGGACGACGAUGAUCAGAAACCGAAAGAUGGUGUGAAACCCCGGUUGACGACGGGAGCAGCAUGUUAUUUUAUCAAUCAAUUUCUUGUUGAGCCAAUGCGGGUAGCAAAUCGUAAUUUUGAUCACAUUCCGACUGUUAAAGCUUUACGAGUUGCGGUAUGUUAUUGUUUAGGUUUUAUUUAUUGUUUUUUUAGAUUUUUCUGUUGAGAGAUGUCGAAAUGUUUAAAAAGUUGUUUUUAUUACCUAAAAAUUGUGUCUUUUGCUUUAAUUUGUUAAAAGAAGGUUUAUACUCUGUAUUUUGAAUACAUGCUAUUUGCAGGCUGUAUCAAAGUUAUUUACGGAAGCAACAGCGCUUGUUCACAAAAAUCAAAUUGUGGUUUUGGCGUUUCACAGUGAUCGUAUCAGCGUAAUAUCAGUUGCAGCUCGACGUCAAGAGUUGAAUAAAAUACCGUUGAAGUACGAAGUAGAGGGGGUGGAAGCUUUGAAGGCGUUCUUGUCGUUGACUUUCUAUAAGAAUAUGGACGUUGCCAUUAUUUUUUGCAACGAGGGGUGCGAGUUUAAGCCAAGGGAAUUGGUUGGAGUCACCAAAUUUUUACUUUGUAAGUUUUUUUAGUUAAAAAAGUAUGUUAAAGUGUUGUUUCUAUGUAUUUUAUUUCUGUUUCUUGAAGAGUUUUAUUAUUGCUUUUACUAAUCUUUAUUUAAAAUUGGUCUUAGCCAUAUUCAACUUGACUUUGUUCAGCAGCUUUUACUGGUCGUUUUUUGUGGACAUGUGGUCGACAAGUGCAUCAGCGGCAUAAAAAGAUCUGGGCUGGAGCAUUGCCGGUGUUGGAACUUCUGAAACCACGAUUGUACAUAGCAUAUGGAACAUACCAUCAAAUUCCAUACUUAGAAGGGUGCAAGUUUCAUCAGUUGAUCGUAUGCAACGUUCACAAGGGCUUGUGUAAGUCUUUUCGUGUUAUAUUUAGUAAUUUUUUAAAACCUUUAGACUUGACGGGCUUAGAAUUAGUGGAUGUAAACGAGUUAACUUUCGAGGGCACUUCCGAAUUCUUACGUUACUUAUCUGCACCUUUACCUUGUGUUAAACUUUUGUCGUUUUGGUUGGGACCAUGGGACAAUGAGCCUAGAACUCCAUUCAAAGAUGUUUUUCUCAAGAUUUCGGAGUUUUUUCCAUCGUUGGAGAUUGUAAAACUGAAUGAUCGAUGCUUUUUGGAUGCUUUUCAGCCUAUUGGACGAACACUUUCGUAUCAGAACGAUCCGGGAUACGAAACGUUGAAGAGUAACUUUACAAAACUGUCCAAUGUUUUCAAAUUUGUUAAAGGUAAACACUUUAUAGUAAAUUAAUGUUUUAUGAUAGAACUUUUAAAAAAGAUAAAGGUUUUUAAAAAAUGCUUAAAUUUAUGAAAGAUUACUAGCGGGUUUUUGGUAACGGGAGUUUUAACAAUUGCAUCAAGAAUCUACGUUUCAGAGGCGGCAACAGUGAAGACGGAACUUAAUGUGGCCAUCAGCUUGUGGACAAACAAUUUUGAGGAAAAAGUCGAUAUGGCAAAAAUCAUAAUUGGACAACCGGACAAACUCAUAGAUGUAUGCAAACUACAGUACAAUUACGGAAAUCUGUGUGUAAUUGCCAAUUUUGUACGACUUGGGGCCAACGUUCCUGCAGUACAUCAUGAUGUAUAA